AUGUCCACUGAUCAGCUGGCGGACUUCGCUCCGUGGGUGCACUAUGAAGAAGAUCAGUUUCUACCUCACACCAGGGAGAAAAGGGAUGCGCUGCUAGCUCAGGUUGACUACACAGUAGAUGUGGAACUGAAUGUUACAGAUGUCAAGACAGUGGACUACCUUAGGAGUCGCCUUAUCAACGGCAGCUUUUCCCUGGACUUGGGUCCCACUGUGAAUGUCACACACAUUGACAUUACCACAGUUUGCAGCCAAGAUGGCCAUGGGUUCCUCUGCCACUGUGAGGAUGACUACCUUUGGCCUUGUGACAAGUGUGCCACCUAUGGGAAAUGUUAUGGUGAUAAAACCAACACAUCCCCUCCAAUUGUUUAUGAAUACCUCAUUUCUGUUGAGUUGAACAUCUCAGAUGUGACAGUAGUAAAUCAACUGAGGACCAUUCUGAGCAACAUCACUUACCCCGUCAGCAUCAACAACCAAAUACAGAUCUCUGAUGUCAGCAUUUCUACAGUUUGUUACCCAAGUGGUACAACAUUCCAAUGCAGAUGUGAAGAACAGUACCGUUGGCCUUGUCAUAUGUGCUCUACUUUUGGCAAAUGUGAUGACAUAUUGGACAACACUUGUGGAUGCAUCAAUGCCAUUCCUCCAGAUGGGGUUUAUUGCCAGUCUGUUGAUCAAUACAACUUUACAGCUUGUCCUGUGACAACACCCUCUCCUUCACCAACAAGGCACUCACUGGCCCGGCGCACUUUCUCCAAGUGUGUUGAGAGGGCUCUGGAGCUGUUGCAAUGGGAGGGUAUCAGGGUCUUGUUCUAUUUGGACGACCUGCUGCUGCGCAGGUGUGUCGUCUCACAGCCUGUGGUGGUGGCUCUGUUGAUCAUGAGGCUUCUGGGUCUCAUGUUGGCCACUCACGUGGUGGUUCCCCUGGGCUUCCUGCACAUGAGGAGGCUCAUGCGCCUGCUCGUCGAUCCAGUGAGACAGAAACUGCGCUUGGUCUCCAAUCCAAUGUUGUUCACUUUGUCAGAGCGGUUUGGCAUGGCAGAAGUGGACCUGUUCGCCAACCAAGAAAACGCUCAGUGCGCCCUUUGGUUCUCAAUGAGCUCGCAGGAUGCCCCCCCCAUGAAGGGUGGACGCCUUCGCACACCCUCUGUGGCCCAGUCCUGCUGGUUCGAGAGCCGCCUCCACUCGGUCUUCGUAUUCUGCCAAGUGGUCAGCGUUCCAACUCUGGUCUGGACCAUGGCUGAAUCCGCCCCUUUCGAGCCUUUGGAGAAUAAGGACCUGAAAUUCCUUUCAGCCAAGGUUGCCUUGCUAUUGGCUCUGACAUCGGCAGAGAGGGUAAGCGAUCUGGCUGCCCUCUCUGUGGCCCCUUCAAGUCUUAGGAUCCAAGGCAGCAGUGUAACCAAUCAAAAUACCACAAUUGGCUCCAAUACAUCAGAUGUUUCCUCUGGCCCCGCUCCAACCACAGCCCUCACAUCAACUACUAGUACAGAGGCUACUACUACUGUUCCCCCCGAGACCAGUGCCAGCACAAAUGCUACGAGUACCCUUUCAGCAACCAGUGUCACUACACCUGCAGUUACAACACCACCUACUAAUACAACUGUUACAGCUCCAACCACAGCCUUGACAACGACUACCAGUACCGAGGGUACUACCCCUGUUCCCACCGAGACCAGUGCCACCACAAAUGCUACGAGUACCCUUUCAACAGCCAGUGCAACUACAACUACACCUGCAGUUACAACACCACCUACUAAUACAACUGUUACAGUUGGCUCCACAACAUCAGAUGUUUCCCCUUCCCCAGCUCCAACCACAGCCUUCACAACAACUACCAGUACCAAGGCUACUAACACUGUUCCCACCGAGACCAGUGCCAGCACAAAUCCUCCGAGUACCCUUUCAACAGCCAGUGCAACUACUACUACUACAGGAUUCAAAGUGGAAAUGUCAAUCAAAUUAAACAAGGAAUACACAGCAGAAUUAAAUAAUACAGAAAGUUCUACAUACAAGGAGCUUAAAUCAAGGAUUAAUUCAGUCUUAAAGGAGCAGUAUAAAGGAAUAACAGGGUUUAUCGAUGUUGUUGUGACGGGAUUCAGAGAAGGAAGCAUAAUUAUAGACUUUGUUGUUCAGACAUCACAAGUUAAUCCGGAUGAAGUGGCUAAAGCAAAUUCAAAUCUCAUAGAAGCAAUGCGGCCUAUUGCCCCUGUCAUUGGCUCAGUUACUGCAUUUUACAACAGUUCAACUCCAAUCACCUUUCCAAAACUCACUUAUACUGGCAGCCCCAUGACGCUGACGUGUGGGCCCCCUCCUGAAAACAUUAAUGUGGGACAAAUUUUGGGUUUUGAGUGGAAAUUUAAAGAAUUGGAAAUUAACGACAAUGAAAGGAUUAAAAUAACUCUUUCUAACAUGACGUCUAUGCUUACAAUUAAAAACACCAUCCUUCCAGAUAUUGGACGUUACAAAUGUACUCUGAGGAGCAAAGCAAUGGAAUUCCUUCAAGAAGGAGUUUUAACAGUAAAUGAAAUCAAACAAGCUCCCAUUCUGAGGCUACAGAGUAAAGUUAAUGUUAAAUGCGAAGAGGGAAAGAUACAAAAACUUCAGUGUUGCGUGCAGUCCUCCUAUAAAGUGAAGUGGUUUCAAAAUACAACUGUUUUACAAUUUAAUCCUAGUGAUGCAGGAGAAAAUCACUGCAUCAUCCAUGAUUACAAGCUAGAAAGCUGCACCGGAUCAAAGCCAACAGAAAUACAUUUCACAUGUAAGGUAGACAAUCCACAGGGUUAUGAAAUGACAACAGCAAUGACCAUUUUCAGAGAAGAUGUGACAUGUAAUGAUACUGUGUAUGGGACUGGACGAGCACGUGACAUAUCAAGCAUAGGAUGUGAUAAAGGUCAAGAGGGGCGCAAGUCUGCAGUCUGUCAGGAAACAGGAAAGUGGAAACUUUGGGAGGACACCUGCAUCAUAACAAAUAUCAAGGAAUUAUUAAUUUUUUCAAAGGAUUUGACUCAGAAGGAAGUUCCUGAAUUUGUGGAAAAUCUAUAUAAAACUGUCCAGGACAAAAAUGUUGCAGAGUCAUCUGCAACCAUAUCAGCUAUUGUUGACAUCUUAAACAACAUAGCAAAUGUUUCCACUGUUGUCAAUGAAUCUGUCAUGCAGGAUAUACUUAAAACUGUUGAUUUCAUCAUUGGUAAUGAUACAGCAGAGUCCUGGGUAGUUCUUAAUUCAAAUAAAACCAGCAAUGCAAGCUCAGUAUUAAUGGGUUCACUGGAGGCUCUGUCUGAUGGGUUGGUCGGGGAGUUUGCCAUUAAGACUGAACAGAUCCGGCUCAACAGAACCGCGUUUAACAACUCCUUCAGGGCAGAUCUGAGCUCCAGCAUUGUCAUAGAUAUCCCAAACACCAACAUUAACAACGUCUUUAUCACCACCAUCACCUUCACCAACCUCAGUAAUGUUAUGCCAGCACGGAACUCCAGCUUUGACACCAGCCUCUUCAACACCACCAGCAAUGAAACUGUCAUCAGUAAUACCAUCAAUGCUGCUGUGGUGCUAGUCCAAAUUAAUGCAACAAUUCCGAAAGUCACUCUGAGCUAUGGCAAGCUAAACAAAUCCCUGUCACUAAACCCUCAGUGCGUCUUCUGGAACUUCACGCUCUAUGAUAAUCUGGGUGCUUGGGAUGAUAAAGGGUGUAAGUUUGUUUCUGACAUAAACAACAUCGUAACCUGCAGUUGCAACCAUUCCACCUCCUUCUCAAUUCUGAUGGCAACGGACGUCCCUCCAGAACUGAAAGAUGCCUUGGAUAUAAUCACUUACAUUGGAGUAGGGAUAUCUCUGGCAAGCCUAGUUAUAUGUCUCAUAAUUGAAGGAUAUGUUUGGAAAACCAUUACGAGAAAUAGCACUGCUUUCAUGCGCCAUGUUUCCAUCGUUAACACUGCCCUGUCUCUGUUGAUCGCUGACAUCUGUUUCAUCAUUGAUGCCUCUAUUGCCAAGAACACCCUUGAAAACCCAGUUGGGCCAUGCAGCACAGCAACAUUUUUUACGCACUUUUUCUAUCUUGCUCUGUUCUUUUGGAUGCUUGCGUCAGGCCUUCUGCUCCUUUAUCGGACAGUCAUGGUCUUCUCCCACAUGUCUAAGUCAACCAUGUUGGCCAUUGGCUUCAGUUUAGGCUACGGGUGUCCUCUAAUUAUAGCCGUUAUUACGAUCGCUGUUACAGCACCAGGAAAAGGAUACAUCAAAAGAUCGGAUGCUUGUUGGCUCAACUGGACUGAGACAAAAGCCCUGCUGGGCUUGGUAAUACCUGCCUUGACCAUAGUUUUCAUUAAUAUUUUUAUUGUAAUCGUGGUCUUGUUCAAAAUGCUGAGAAGAGGUGGGGGGGAUGCAGCCCAUAGAGAAGAAAAGCACACGCUGGUGGUCAUUACAAGGUGUCUGGUGAUUUUGACUCCUUUAUUUGGACUGACCUGGUCUUUGGGAGUGGGAACCAUGGUAUCGUCAACAAAUAAAGGAAUUCACAUUGCCUUUGCAUUCUUCAAUUCACUACAGGGAGUCUUCAUUUUAGUAUUUGGGACACUAUUUGAUUCAAAGAUCCUUUCUAUCCUCUCAAGGAAAUUACUUACAUCAAGCACAGACUCUAAUCCAACAAAACGUUCUCUCAGUGGACUAAACUGGAUGAGUCGAUUUCACAGAAGAAGAAAUAUCUACCGUGUGUCUGAAGCCGCAAACUCAAACAGCACUGGUUCAACUGAGUCCUUCAUCAAUAUAUGAUUCAACACAUACAAUUUAUUUUACAACUAAUUCAAAAGGUCUCCCAGUUGUUGUAAAAAAUCAGUACAUAAACCGAAACUGUUUUGUAUAACAAACUUAAAUUCCCUGGGAAAAUAUUGUACAAGCUGAUGGAACAAACAUAGUCAGUUUUGAAACCAGAGAGAAAAUUGUGUGGUAUCAAACAAACCGAUCUUUGCAUGGUCAUGUUAAUUUUCUAGUUUCAAUAAUGAGAAGUCCUAGGAAGUCACGUUUGACAUUUUCUAAAUGUAAAUUUCCCUGAAACAAUAUGGUGACUGAAACUGUAACAUGGCAUUUUUGUUGCCUCUUGCUGCUAAUUGUAGCUGGCUUAGUGUAAAGUCUAGUGCUGCUUUGUUUGGUAACAGAGACUGAAUCAGUGACUGUGUAGGGUAAUGAUGAGUUACUAUUUUAAUCUACACUGAAGUAGUGACUAGUUUUUAGGUUUUUCAUGAUUUGGUUAACAAGUUAUCCAUACUCUGAAUGGGUGGGCUUAACCAGGAUGUGGUCUGAACAAACCAGAAGUUGCUAUAGUUAUUAGAAAACUAUUAACAGAACACUACAUUUAAGUCCUAUAAUAAAAUCACAGUCUGUUGCCUUUGUGCCAGGAAAUCUUCUGCAUAUUGGUGUGGAAUAACACGUGCAAUUUCACAAGCAUAGCACUGCUAUAAUAUACUGACAAUGUUGUUUUCUUAAUUUAAUUGUUUAUUUAACAUGUGGCCCAAAGCUAAUGUGCUGGUAAAAAAUUACAUUCAAUUAAAGCAAGAACUGGUACUGCAAUGAAA